AUGACCAAGCCCAUAUUGGAAGCAGGUGAUAGGCAAAUCACCUGGGAUGGAUUCAAGGCGGCUUUUGAUGAUAAGUAUUUUCCACCUUGUGUAAAGCAAAGGAAGAUCUUUGAGUUCAUGCAUUUAACUCAAGGAAGCCAAACAGUGAUGAUGUAUGAGAGGAAAUUUGAGGAACUAUCUAGGUAUGCACCACACAUGGUGAGUACGGAGGAGAUGAAGGCUCGAAAGUCCAAGCAAGGCUUAAGGGUAGAGAUCCAGAAGAGUAUCUCUCCCAUGCAACUGAAGACAUAUGCUGAAGUAGUCCAUAAAUCUCAGAUUUAUGAGGCUGUGGAGAAGAAUGCAACAAAGGAUGAAGAAGUUGAACCAAAGAAAAAGUUCAAGAAGAGUUUUGCUACCCCUACAACAAACAAGGACAAUUGGAAGAAAUUCCACAAGAAAAAUCCCCAAGGAACUGUUGACUGCACGAAGUGUUGUAAGAACCACAAGAGUGAUUGUUUGGUAGGAACGUUCACUUGCUUCAAGCGUAAGGAACCUGGACAUCUUGCAAGGAAUUGUCCAACUUUGAAGGAGCAUCCAGAGCCAAACCCCCAAGGAGGGCAAGCCAAUCAAAAUGCCCAGAAUAGAAAGGACACUCAAGGAAAUCAGAAGCCAAGAGCCUCUGGUAGGGUUUUCACACUGACUAAGAAGGAUGCAGAGGCAUCUCCCUUUGUUGUGGCAGGUAUGCUGAAAAUCUCUGGAAUACCUGCUUAUGUCCCAUUUGAUUCAGGAUCCACUCAUAGUUUUGUAUCGAGUACCUUUGCUACUAAAUUGAAUGUUGUGCCUAAAGUUUGGAAUUACCGGUUGUGUGUGUUUACACCUUCUGGAGGAAUGAUAGAGACAGAAUUAAUUCGUGAAGCAUGUGAUGUAGAGAUUAUGGAUAGAAAAUUGACUGCAGACUUAAUUCUGUUAGAAAUGAAGGAUUUUAAUAUUAUACUUGGAAUGGAUUGGCUAACAGCAUAUCAUGCUAGUGUUCAUUGUUUUGAAAAGAGAGUGGUCAUAAGACCUGUGAAGGAACCAGAGUUUGCAUUUUCUGGGAUGAUGAUAGGAACUCCGCCAUUGGUGAUAAUUUCAGGGAUGCAAGCCCAGAAGUUGUGGAGGCAAGGAAGCCAAGGAUUUUUAGCUUCAGUUGUUGACACUGAAGUGAAGGGAUCAAUUUUAACUGAUGUACCUAUUGUGAGGGAUUUUUCGGACGUGUUUCUGGAGGAUUUGGUAGAAUUGCCACCUAAAAGAGAUAUGGAGUUUUCUAUUGAGUUGGUUCCUGGUACGAUGCCAAUAUCCAAAGCACCGUACCGGAUGGCUCCAGUAGAACUGAAAGAAUUGAAGAAUCAAUUGGAAGAGUUGUUGGACAAGGGUUUCAUACAACCUAGUGUUUCGCCGUGGGGAGCUCUAAUCCUAUUUGUCAAGAAGAAGGAUGGUACCAUGAGGAUGUGUAUAGAUUAUAGGGAAUAA